UCGGGGUCAACACGGAUCGAUUAUAAUGUAGCACUGGGAAUUGACAUGUUUAUUCUAGUGUAAAUAUCGUUGAGUGGGGAAUAGUUAAAGUAUAUAAUAUACGUUUGUGCGGGUUGUUUGAUCCGCUGUUUUCUUGCUAAUUAAAGUAUACGUGUAUACUGUUAAAGACGCCACGAUGGCUGAACGAGGAGCACAUUUAACCACAGCAGCAGGUGAAGGAAGACCCUCGAUUUUUGAAGUUUUAGCUCAAGACUCAUUGAUGAGUGCCGUUAAACCUGCACUGCAGCACACAGCUAAAAUUCUGGCUGAAUCCAACCCUGCUCGUUAUGGAAUCCUGUGGAGGAAAUUCGAUGAGAUCUAUGCUGUCCUUGACCUUCUGUUGCAGCACCACUUCCUGCUACGUACCAGUGCCUCCUUUUCUGAGAACUUCUAUGGGCUCAAGCGCGCGGGCCCAGACGACAGCAGACUGGCGCAUCGUGGCCUCGGCCGCAGGAGACAUGUGCGCUCUCUGCUUCUCCUUGUGCUGCUCCCAUACCUCCGAAACAAACUCGAGAAGGUGCUGGCUCGUCAGAGAGAUGAGGAUGACUUCUCGAUACGGAUGCCCCAGUCCCUUGCUCAGAAGAUGUCCAGAGCCUUCCUGGCUGCCUAUCCUUACGUCUGUAUGGCGUGGGAUGGCUGGAGUUUUUGCCAUCAAUUGCUGUACAUUUUUGGCAAGGCACGCACACAUUCACCCCUGCUAUGGCUGGCUGGAGUCAAGUUGUCCCAUCUGACUGCUCAGGACAUCCGCAACUUAGAUUUAAAGCCAGAGGAACGAUCAUUGAGCUCUAGUCGAAGCUUUGGAGGGCGGCUGCAGCGGGUCUGUUCCACCAUGCUUGGCAGUGUAGCCGUAUCCCUCUCCACCAGCCUGUCUAUGGGCGUGUUUUUCCUGCAGUUCUUGGACUGGUGGUACUCCUCAGAGAACCAGACCACUAUGAAGUCCCUUACCUCUCUCCCUACACCUCCACCCCCGCUUCACCUGGAGGACCAAGAUGCCGCACUGGCAUUCGAUAAAGUGUGUCCGCUUUGCAGGAAAGUGCGCAGUAACGACACGGCCUUGGCCACGUCUGGCUACGUUUUCUGUUACCGCUGCAUUUAUACGUACGUGAGAACUAAUCACAAAUGUCCGCUAACAGGCUACCCAUCUGAACUACAACACUUAAUUAAGAUCUAUUCUCCAGAUGCUUAGAACUGAUCAUAUGACCAUGCAUGCUGGGAAAUGACUCACUUUAGAUUCUUUUUUUAGUGAGUCAGAUCAUUUGGCUCAACUUGUGUAAUGGGUCUUUAUAUAUAUAUAUAUAUAUAUAUAUAUAUGAUCGUCCUUCUUUGGCUAAUUAUGACCGAGAUUUCUUAUUGAAAUACUUUUUAAUGAACUUUACAUAUGCAAUUCGUAUAUGUUAACUGACAAACAUUCAGCAUCACUGCACUGUGCAGCGUGUGGGGAUUUAUGUCUAUUUAUCCUGACAACUUAACACACCCCAUAAAUCUACUCGUCUCACACGCAGGAGUCGACUCGGAAAGCCGGAGAAUCAAGAGAGUCGACACGUUUGAACCGAGGUGAACAGUGCUGGCUUUGAUACGCUGUUAAUUUACCAUAAAUUAGAAUUUCAUUUCUUUUUCUAUUUUAACAUACAUUUUCUGCACAUUAUGUUGCUAAAAAAAUACCUCGUGUAUCAUAUGUUUAUAGAUUAAAGUCCGGAAUCUAAUGAAUUCACCAAAUCAACACUGAUUUAAAAGUCUAAUUCUCUCUAUUUAGUUUCUUUUGUUUUCUUAUAUACUUAUUUUUGUUUUUAAUAUAUAAAAAAAAAAAAAAAAAGUUGUGCAAAUUGUGCCGGAAGUAACAGAGCUAGCUGCCACAGGAAAUUGAUUCAUCAACCACCCUAAAGUGUGCACAUGUGCGUGUAACAAAAAUACAACAUACAAAAACACCAACAUAACCACUGACUUUUGGAAGGAUUUCCUCCCCCCCUCCUCUUGAUGUCACCUGACACACAGUGUAACUAUAAACUGGAUAGAAAGUUACUUUCUUUAAUAAACGAUGGGGGAUUGUUGGUUUCCCCUUCCAUACUUAAGGCCCAGUGCAUAUGGAGCAUUUAUACCUUGCAUGACACAAGAGCAAAAAAAAAAAUCUGAGCUGCAAGCAGGGGGAACAUAGACCUCAGGAACAGAAAGUAAUCCAAGUUGGAGGUUCCCACAGCAAGCCUAAAUAUAGCUGUUUCCAGACCCAUUGACCUGCUGCCUCCAGAGGUGCAUAGCAAGCGUUUCCCCUGAGAGAAUGACACGUAUUCGGGGAAUCUGGAAUACACAAAGAAAGAGAGAAAGUUGCAGAGAAAGGCAGGAAAGAAUAAAGAAGCACAAACACCGCAGCUCAGAGAGAAGAUUACACUCAAUCAGACCCUGGUCAGAGACACCCAAAAGGUACCAAUACCAAGUCAGCCAUGUUUCUUUACUCAUCAUAGCUGCUGCAGAAAUAACACCAGUUUUUGCACAGCAUGCAAAACAAGCACUGAAAUGCACAGCCAGAUUUGUUUAACAUGCAAACACAGAAAGGUCCGGAAGAUGUCUACUGUCCCCAGAACACAUGCAGGUCAAGACACAAUAGUGGCUGUAAAAAAAUAAAAAUUUAAUUACA